AUGCGCCUGUGGAGGAGCCGUGUUUUGUGGAGGUCCGUGUCUUUGACAAGUAACCUUUCACGGUCCGCUCUUCUGCCAGGAAGAGAUCCUUCGGUGUCCGGGUAUCUAGUCGACUAUAGGUUCUACGGUUAUAGUUCUGGCCAGGAGAAACGUGAAGCUGCAACACGGGACUUCGUUGCGUUGCCGGCUUCGUCGUCUGGCGGGGGAAUUCGCGCGUUCCGAGAAAACAAUGGAAAGGCUAAAUGGACUUUACGUCGGCUAGAAGGUAGCUACUGUCGCGUGUGUCCUUCGCCUCCUCAAGAUGCACAAUUAAGGACGUGCGGCGGCUCCACCGUGAGCAGCGGUGGAGAACCUGGCCUGCAGAGAACUAAGCUAUUGCUCAACGCGUCACCGUUUUUUGGAGAGCGACGACGGUUGUUUGCGUCACCAGCUGUGUCUGCGGGUGUGGCACCGGCGCCAGUGACGCUCGCAGAAUUGGAUGCCAGGAAGCUGCAGAUCAAUAAGAAAAUUGGUUUUCUGCAUCCGUUACCAGGGAGGGAGAGUUUUGGUUUUGGCCAAGUUUUUACAGAUCACAUGAUCGAGGUGGACUGGGACGACCAACAUGGAUGGUAUCCGCCCGUCCUGAAGCCGCUAGGGCCAGUUUCCCUGCACCCUGGCAUCAGCUCGCUUCAUUACGCUAUCUCCGCGUUUGAGGGCCUAAAAGCGUAUAGAACCGAAGACGAUCGGGUGCUUCUCUUUCGUCCUUUUGAUCAUGGCGAACGCUUAAAUCGAUCAUGUGCACGGGUCGCCCUUCCUCAGUUCUCUGUCGAUUCUUUCGUGACCCUGUGCAAGACACUGGCAAAAAUGGAUAGUCGAUUCAUAAUAUACCAGGAUCGAGACCUCUCGCUCUACCUUCGACCCAUCGUCUUUUCAACAUACCCGGCACUUGGUGUGUUCCCACCUCGCAUGGCAAAGAUGAUCAUCAUGGCCUCGCCUACUGGCGGAUACUUCUCGAACGCCGGUGCGCUUGCUAAUCUUUUUGUUGAAAAAGAUUAUACGCGGUCGUGGCCGGGAGGCUCGGGGAGCCACAAGGUUGCAGCGAACUACGCCCCUACAAUACAGCCUUGCAAAGAACGGAUGCAACAGGGAUUUCAGCAACUGUUAUGGACUGUUCCGGAGGGCGACGACUACAUUUGGUGCGAGGGAGGGGCGAUGAGCCUCUUUCUGUUUUGGAAGAAUGAAAAUGGUGAAAACGAGUUAGCUACUCCUGCCUUGGAACGCGAUCUCAUUCUUCCUGGCAUUGUCCGGGAUACUGUGCUCACUCUGGCAAGGGGCUACCCGGAUAUAGCAGUGACGGAGCGGAAAAUCCUGAUGCAGGCCGAUUUUGUAAAGGCGUACCGAGAAGGGCACGUCCACGAGGUAUUUUGCACCGGGACGGGAGCCGUUGUAAAGCCGGUGGGUGUGAUUCAUUUCGACGGUGAAGAUUUCGACUGCGCUCCGAAGGAUCUCAAAACUUCACUUGCGCACAAGCUCCACAGCGACAUAACUGACAUCCAGUACGGGGUUGUCCCCCAUCACUUCAUGCAGGAAUGUUGA